CAAGGACUCACUGAGUUGAUUCUUAAUGCUGUUGGAGCACCAAGGGGAGCCUAGGAAGUAACCAAUAAACUAUACAAUUUGGUGGAAAUAAAUGGUUUCAAGGUACAGACGCCUAAAUACUAGACCCUCGGUACACCUGUCUUUAGAUCGGUGACCUCUAGUGAGGUAGUGAUUGGGAUUUGGGAUUGCUGUGUCGUGGGCAUUUGUGGAAAAACUGGUUCAUCCUGCUGUUGAGUCAGUUUGAAGGAAAGGUGGUUGCCUGCCAGGCGGGGGCUAUUUCCCCAGCCUAAGCUCAGGACGAAGUUUAUUGGUGCCGGCGGGUGUAAGUGACGGGGCCCGAGCCAAUCAAUGGAAAGGAAGACGUGCCUCGUACAGCCACUUCCUUUUCGGCCCUUUCUGUUUUGCGCAUGGGCAGUAGUGAGCUGCGGCCCAGACGCGUGGAUGGUUGUGUAGAGCAGUCUCUGGCAUCGUCUUCGCAAAUAGUUUCGCUCAGAUGUUCAUAGUUACCUUCAGUGGUUCUAAUCUGAGCUUCGCGGCCCGGCCUAUUUCACUGACAGGAUUGCCUUCGAGCCUUGGGCCUGAACGCUCAAGCUGAGUCCAGUGGCUGGGAGGUAACAGCGACUGCAGCCCCGAGCUAAUCUGCGAAAAUCUCCAAGGCUCCAGCCUCAACCUCGGUCCGCGACCCCAGGCAUGACCGAGGAGCUGCCCGGGGCCUGGUUCGGAUUCGGAUUCUGUGGCUUCGGGCAGGAGCCGGUCUCGGGGCACGGGCGUUGGGUGCUCAGUCCGGAGCAGCUGCGGGCAGGUGGGGACAUCUGCCACGUGAGCGCGAGCUGGAGCUACACCGCCCUGGUGACCCGUGGAGGCCACGUAGAGCUGUCAGGCUCCGCGAAAGGCUCGGCGGAUGGCUGCAGGGACGCCUGGGCCUCCGAGGGUCUCCUCGUGCUGCUGCGCGACCGCUCAGGGUCCCGGGCAGAGCUGCAGCGGCUGGAGCUGGGCAUUGAGCACGCGCUGCUGCUGGACGCAGCCGGCCAGGUGUUCUCCUGGGGCGGGGGCAGACACGGACAGCUCGGCCAUGGCACACUGGAGGCGGAGCCGGAGCCAAGGCUGUUGGAGGCGUUGCAGGGCCUGCCCAUGGCCCAGUUGGCCGCGGGGGGCUGGCACUCCGUGUGUGUGAGUGAGACCGGGGACAUUUAUAUCUGGGGCUGGAAUGAAUCUGGGCAGCUGGCCCUGCCCACGAGGAGCCUGGCAGAGGACAAGAGGACAGUCACAGGGGAAGCGCUAAACGAAGAUGGUUCCGAAGUGGAGAGAGUGGCCGGGGCUCCUGCCCACUUCAUAACUAUCCAGCCCUUCCCAGCUCUACUGGACCUCCCCCUGGGCUCAGAGGCAGUUGGAGCCAGCUGUGGGUCCCGGCAUACAGCUGUGGUGACGCGAACAGGAGAGCUCUAUACCUGGGGCUGGGGUAAAUACGGACAGCUCGGCCACAAGGACACCACCAGCUUGGACCAGCCCUGCCGUGUGGAAUACUUUGUAGAAAAACAGCUCCAAGUAAAAACUGUCACCUGUGGGCCCUGGAACACCUACGUGUAUGCUGUGGAGAACAGGAACAGCUGAUGUGUAGAUGCAUUGUUCAAGUUAUAAAAUACAUAGAAAAGUGUAUAAAACAAAUGUACAGUAUAUUAAAAAUGACAAAGCUAACACUUGUGAAAUUCCCACUCGUCAGGGAAACCCUUGCCAGCCUUCAGAGGUCCUGAUCUGUCCCUCCUCA